GCAAACCUACAGUCAGUCGACUGUUGCACAACCAUGAGAUUCAACAGAUGUAAACGUAAAAGAAAAUUCUUCUCCUGAGGUCACCUGCGUGUGACCCCUGUGGGCGUUUAGCACCGCAGUCAUGGGGACCAGCAGCCAGGUGCGACUGCUACUCUGGAAAAACUGGACAGUCCGCAAAAGACAGAAGGCUCGUUUUUUUGUGGAGAUUAUGUGGCCGGUGGUGUUAUUCGUUGGACUGGUUUGGCUGAGAAAAGCGAACCCCCUCUACCGCCAACAUGAAUGUCAUUUUCCAAACAAAGCCAUGCCAUCCGCUGGCGUCCUUCCAUGGAUCCAGGGGAUCUUCUGCAAUGCCAACAACCCGUGUUUCCAGCAUCCAACCCGUGGAGAGUCUCCAGGUCUUGUGUCCAACUCCAACAACUCGAUACUAGCUCGGUUCUGGGUGGACGCACGGGAGCUUUUGUUUGAAGAUCCUGAGUUCCUGCAGUUGAGACGAUUAUGGAGAGAACUCACAGCCAUGAGCAACUUCAUGGACACACUCCGGACCGAUCCCGAACUGAUCUCAGGCCGAGGCGUGAAGGUGGAGGACAUUUUGAAGGAUGAUGAAACCCUCACUUCAUACCUGCUAAGAGACGUUCCUCUGACAGAUUCUGUGGUAUAUCAGCUGGUUAUUGCACAGAUCAGACCUGAACAGUUUGCAUACGGAGUUCCUGAUCUCAGGUUGAAGGACAUCUCCUGCAGUCAGACUCUCCUCGAGCGUUUUCUCAUUUUCCCGAGCCGUCGAGGCCUGUAUGCUGUGCGCAAUGCCAUGUGUGUCCUCACCCCACAACGUCUUCAGACCAUUGAAGACAAAUUCUACGCCAAUCUCGACUUCUUCAAGCUUUUCCGACUGCUCCCUUUAGUUCUUGAUAACCACGCCAAUGGACUCGACCUGCACUUCUGGAUCCGACUGUUGCCCGCCAUCUCUGAGAAACUCGGACUGCUGUUUGACAGAGACAGCUCCAAAGACCUGCUGCAGGUGAUCUCACCCCUCCUUCGGUCCCAGGAGACCCCGUCUUUUAGCCAGAUUAUGUCCGCCACCUCCAGUUUGUUCUGUGGCUACACGGAGGGGGCUUUCUCCAGGGUCACCUCUUUCAACUGGUAUGAGGAUAAUAACUACAAAGCCUUCCUGGGCAUCAAUAGCACCCGUGGAAAGGGGAAGUAUAACUAUGAUCACACGGCCACCCCGUUUUGUAAUGACCUCAUGAGGGAUUUGGAAUCCAAUCCGGUCACAAGGAUGUUGUGGAACUCGGUCAAGCCGUUCCUGAUGGGCAAAAUCCUGUAUGCGCCUGACUCCCCUGCCGCCAGACAGAUCAUUAAAAACGCAAACACCACCUUUGAGGAAUUAGAAAGACUGAGGAACAUGGGCCGGGCGUGGGAGGAGGUUGGCCCACAGGUGUGGACGUUCUUUCAGGGUGGUGUACAGAUGAACAUGCUUCGGGACUCCAUUAGAAACCCCACAGUCAUGGAUUAUAUUAAUAAAGGCUUAAUGGAAACUGGGUUUACCGGUCAGCAUAUCCUCAACUUCCUGUACAAUAGCCCUGAAGAAGAUCGAGCCCGGGACAUGCCUAGCUUUGACUGGCGAAACAUCUUCAACCUCACUGACCGAGUUAUUCGCCUGAUAAAUCGAUAUGGAGAGUGUCUGGUCCUGGAUAAGUUCUCGGCCAUCUCUGAUGAGGACCAGCUGACCCAUCGGGCAUUAGACCUUCUUGAGGAAAAUAAAUUCUGGGCUGGCUUGGUCUUUGUGGACAUGUACUCCUGGACCACAAAGGUGCCACCUCAUGUCAAAUUUAAGAUCCGCAUGGACAUUGACGUUGUGGAACGCACCAACAAGAUCAAAGACAGAUACUGGGAUCCAGGGCCGAGAGCCGACCCUAUGGAUGACCUACGGUACGUAUGGGGAGGAUUUGCUUAUCUGCAGGACAUGAUAGAACAUGGGAUUAUAAAGACCCACACGAGCAAGGAACGGCCUUUAGGGGUCUAUUUACAGCAGAUGCCAUACCCCUGCUAUGUAGAUGACCUCUUCAUGCUUACUCUGAAUCGCUGCUUUCCAAUCUUCAUGGUGUUGGCUUGGGUCUACUCGGUCUCCAUGACAGUCAAGAGCAUUGUACUGGAGAAAGAGAUGAGGUUAAAAGAGACGUUGAAGGCAAUGGGCGUUACUAGCCGUGUGCUUUGGUGUACAUGGUUCAUCGACACCUUCCUCAUGAUGGCCUCCAACACGGCCCUGCUCACUCUGAUUGUCAUGGGAGGAAAAGUGUUGAACUACAGCAAUCCCAUCAUCCUCUUCCUCUUCCUGCUCACGUACACCACGGCGACCAUCAUGCAGUGUUUCCUCAUGAGUGUGUUUUUUAACAGAGCUAACCUGGCUGCGGCCUGCAGUGGCAUCAUUCACUUCACUCUCUACCUGCCACACAUAGUGUGUUUUGCCUGGCAGGACCGCAUUACCAAAGAUAUGAAAAUCAUGGCGAGUCUGAUAUCCCAAGUGGCGUUCGGCUUCGGGACGGAGUAUCUGUCCCGUUAUGAGGAGCAGGGACUCGGGCUGCAGUGGGACAACAUCCAGACCAGCCUUCUGGAGGGAGACGAGUUUUCAUUUCUCACCUCUAUUGUCAUGUUGGCAGUGGACACGAUUCUUUAUGCUGUACUUGCGUGGUACCUCGACAACGUAUUUCCAGGGCAGUAUGGUAUCGGAAGGUCUUUUUACUUUCCAAUCCUGCCUUCCUAUUGGUUGAACCGUCCUGAGCCUCUUAAACCAGUUCCUACGAAGUCAGUGAUGGAGAAACCUGCGUUUGAUAAUGGCGUCAAGAAAGCCAAGAAAGAGAACAACGUGCAGCAGGCCGGAUCCUGCAAACAUGGCGGCGUACGAGACAAAAUCGAGAAAGAACACAAGAAGCUUGAUGAAGAAGAGACGGCCAACGAGAGCGUAGUUUCAUCAGGGAGGCAGUUUUUCGAGCCCGAGCCAGUGGGUUUGGUGGCAGGAGUGUGUGUGGAGAACCUGUAUAAGGUGUUCAGUGGCAGCUCCAGACCUGCUGUAGAUGGGCUGAGCAUCACCUUCUAUGAAGGUCAGAUUACGGCCUUCCUGGGCCACAACGGUGCGGGGAAAACCACUACCAUGUCUAUUCUCACGGGUAUGUUCCCUCCCACCUCUGGAACAGCCUCUGUUUAUGGGAAAGACAUCCGCAAGGACAUGGACGCCAUCCGCAAAUCGCUGGGAAUGUGUCCUCAACAUAACAUCAUCUUUCACCAUAUGACAGUAGCCGAGCACAUUUUGUUUUACUCUCUGCUGAAGGGUAGACCUGUACCAGAAGCCCAACUGGAGGUGGAAAACAUGCUGGAAGAUCUCGGUCUCCCUCACAAGAGAAAUGAGGAAGUACAAAACCUGUCAGGUGGAAUGCAGAGGAAGCUUUCCAUUGCGAUGGCUUUUGUUGGUGGUGCGAAAGUUGUGUUUCUAGAUGAACCCACAUCAGGAGUGGAUCCAUAUUCCAGACGCUCCAUCUGGGAUUUGCUGUUAAAAUAUCGCUCAGGUUGUACGGUGAUUCUUUCCACACACCACAUGGAUGAAGCCGACCUGCUGAGCGACCGCGUGGCCGUCAUCUCUCAGGGUCGACUGCACUGCUGCGGGUCUCCUCUCUUUCUGAAGAACUGUCUGGGCGCCGGGUUCUAUCUCACGCUGGUGCGGCGCAUCAAGGAGGAUGUGCCCUGUUUCAGGAAGGAGGGUCAGUGUGACUGUACUGAUACCUGCUCUUGUAAGAGUUCCCUCUGUACCAAGUUUAACGAAAACGGCAAAGAUCUGCCCAGAAUUACAGAGAGGCAGAUGGAAGGGGACAUUGAAAGCAUCACAGCCCUUGUGCAGCAUCACGCUCCAGAGGCGAGGCUGAUCGAGGUCAUAGGUCAGGAACUGACCUUCCUUCUGCCCAGCAGGGGCUUCAGACAUCGUUCUUACGCCGGUCUGUUCAGAGAGCUGGAAGAGACGCUGGCGGACAUCGGCCUGAGCAGCUUUGGAGUUUCAGACUCAUCGCUGGAGGAGGUCUUUCUGAAAGUCACCGCUGAUGGAGCGUCUUCAGACGGCAGUGCUGUAUCUGAUGGAGACAGAUCGGUGUAUGCUAACAGUCAGUCGAAGCCUGGACUAUUAUUCAGCAAACAGGGCAGAGGGUCCAGACAGGUGAAAGGAGUCUGUCUGAUCCUCAAGCAGUUCAUUGCUCUCCUCAUCAAGAGGUUUCAUCACAGCACACGAUCUGGAAAAGACUUUCUAGCCCAGAUUGUGUUGCCGGCAAGUUUUGUUCUGGUUUAUUUGAUGUUCACUCUGAUUGUUCCACCGUUUGGAGAAUAUCCCAGUCUGACCUUGAGCCCAUGGAUGUACGGCAGACAAUUCACAUUCUUCAGUAAUGAACAGAUGCAAAGUCCUGAAAUGAGAUAUUUUGGGGAUGUGCUUCUAAACAGACCUGGAUUUGGGACUCGCUGUAUGUUGGAUGAACCUCUUGAAGACUAUCCUUGUAAUAACAUAACCACUAAAUGGGAGAUGCCUCUGGUCAACCCGGCACUCAUAGACAUGCUGGCUGACUCGAGGUGGACCGACAUCAGCCCGUCUCCUAGAUGUCAGUGCAGCACGCCCAACAAGCUCACCAUGUUACCCGUGUGCCCGGAGGGGGCCGGGGGUCUUCCUCCCCCUCAGAGGAUUCAGUCCACUGGUGAUGUUUUGCUGGAUCUGACUGGCAGAAAUAUUUCUGAUUAUUUGGUGAAGACGUACACGAGCUUAAUAAGGACAAGCCUAAAGAGCAAGUACUGGGUAAAUGAGCAAAGGUAUUGAUGUAUGGGCGUCUCAGUUGGAGGACAUCUACCUGUUCUAGAUUUGGAUCCCAAAACCAUCCAGAAUGCUGCGUCUCAGUUUGGACGUUUGCUUAAUGUCACAGGGGGUAGAUACACAACACUUACUCUGAAAGAGUUUGGUACUUUCUUAAAAUACAUGGAGACUGAAAACAAUGUCAAGGUGUGGUUCAACAACAAGGGAUGGCACGCCAUGGUGGUUUUCAUGAACGCGGCAAAUAAUGCCAUCCUUCGAGCCAACCUGCCUCCUGGUGCCAAUUUAAAUGAGUAUGGCAUAACAGCCAUCAAUCAUCCACUGAACCUAACCAAGGAACAGCUGUCAGAGGUCACAGUACUGACCACCUCAGUGGAUGCAGUGGUCGCCAUCUGCGUGAUAUUUGCCAUGUCCUUUGUACCGGCCAGUUUUGUGCUCUAUCUGAUCCAGGAGAGAGUGACUCAGGCCAAACACCUGCAGUUUGUAAGUGGGGUCAGUCCUCUUAUCUACUGGACUUCUAACUUCUUCUGGGAUAUGGUAAACUAUGCUGUCAGCGCAGCGAUGGUCGUGGGGAUUUUUCUUGCAUUUGACAAGAAAUGCUACACCUCGCCUGCCAACUUACAAGCCCUGAUAGCUCUGCUGAUGCUUUAUGGCUGGUCGGUAACGCCACUGAUGUAUCCGAUGUCAUACCUGUUUAAUGUGCCAAGCACCGCGUACGUCUCUCUCUCCUGCAUCAACCUGUUCAUUGGCAUCAACAGCAGUGCCGUCACGUUUAUCUUGGACUUGUUUGAUAGCACAGAGGCUCUGUAUAAGUGUAACCAGGUGCUGAAAAAAGCCCUGCUCGCCUUUCCUCACUUCUGUUUGGGCCGCGGGCUCAUUGACAUGGCGAUGAACCAGGCGGUGAUGGAUGUGUAUGCACGCUUUGGUGAAGACUUUAGCUUGGAUCCAUUCAGCUGGGACUUUGUGGGGAAAAACGUGACUUUCAUGGCAAUAGAGGGGUUUGUGUAUUUCAUCCUGAACAUCUUGAUUCAGCACCGAUUCUUCCUGGAACACUGGAUGUCAGAUUACAGAAAGCCGCCAGUAACUGAUGAAGAUGUGGAUGUGGCCAAGGAGAGAGAGAGGAUUUAUAAAGGCGGGAGUACCGGUGACAUCCUUCAGGUUAAAGACCUAUCAAAGACAUAUACUGGAACAGUUAGACCAGCGGUGGACAGAAUAUGUGUGGGGGUGUCUCCAGGAGAGUGCUUUGGGCUUUUGGGUGUAAAUGGUGCUGGAAAAUCAACCAUGUUCAAAAUGCUGACUGGAGACAUAGAUGUUACUGCAGGAGAGGCUGCCGUGACUGGUUACAGCAUUCUGACCAACAUUUUGGAUGUGCACCAAAACAUGGGCUACUGUCCUCAGUAUGAUGCUAUAGAUGACCUUCUGACAGGCAGAGAACAUCUGCAUCUGUACGCACGACUCAGAGGAGUCCCAGAAUCAGAGAUCAACAGAGUGGCUGAAUGGGGAAUCCAGAAGCUGGGUUUAUGCGAGUAUGCGGGCUGCAGUGCAGGCACUUAUAGUGGAGGAAACAAGAGGAAACUCUCCACAGCCAUUGCAAUGAUUGGCUGUCCAGCUCUUCUGCUCCUGGAUGAACCAACAACAGGUAUGGAUCCCCAGUCUCGCAGGUUCCUCUGGAACUCCAUCAUGAGCGUGAUUCAGGAUGGGAGGGCUGUGGUCCUCACCUCACACAGCAUGGAGGAAUGUGAAGCUCUAUGCACUCGACUGGCCAUCAUGGUGAAUGGAACGUUCAAGUGUCUCGGCUCCAUCCAGCACCUUAAAUACAAAUUUGGUGAUGGAUACGUGGUCACCAUGAAAAUCAGGGCUGCCAAAGCGGGUCUCGCACCGGAUCUGAACCCGGCUGAGGCGUUUAUGGAGAGCACAUUUCCAGGCUGUAUACAGCGAGAGAAGCACUUUAAUACUCUGCAGUAUGAGAUCUCUACCUCCUCCCUCGCCAAAAUCUUCCAGGUUGUAUUGGCAAACAAGGAGAGGCUGAAUAUAGAAGAUUACUCGGUUUCCCAAACAACCCUGGAUCAGGUAUUUGUGAAUUUUGCCAAGCAGCAGUCCGGAGAGGAAGAGACCAUCGUGUUACACCCGAGGGCUGCCGGUGCCCGACGGGACAUGAGGGUGUUUCCUGCAAAAACCAAAAGCUGAAAACAUGC